UCAUUGAUUGAGUGAAUCCGCUCGUUUUACUCGAGGUCAAUACCACCACUUUGUGGAUGCUCUUCCGGCACAUUCCCUCUCCGCCACCAGUCCCGCCAUAGACAAGAGACAACAUAUACGAUAUACAAUGUCAAGAUAGAGCGACUGCCCGGCGCGGCAUUAUUUGCAUCUCCCGCGAACAUUGACCGAACCGACUUCGAUCAUGUUCCUACAACCCCUGGGCCUUCGGUGCCUCGCUCCUCGUGUCGCUUCCCGACCUUUCAGAAGUUCAAUAAUAGCCCGACUAUACGAUGCACGAGGCGCAACCAGAAACUUUCGAUGCGGCGGCGACAAUAGGUCCAGCAUACCGAAACAGUCAUGUUUUAAUGAGCUGGUAGGAAGAAGGACAGCGUCGCAUCACGGCGGCGGCCAGCGGAACAACGGGCAAAGGAGGAUUCUUAUGUCCAAGAUAGGCGGCACAGGCGCAGCCACCCUGGGAACCGCGGCCUUCGUUCAGCUAUCCGAGCAAGAAAACGACGAUGCGGAGGAGACAGGCGAGGAUCGAAUGUUGGCCGCGUCUCGUGACGAGAUUGCUAAGCGCUUAGACGACGACGACCACGGGCUCUCCCGCGCGCGCCACGGCAUCGUAUUAUUCCUCGACUUGUACCUCUGGGAGCCUUUGUGCACAGGCUUCCGCUUCCUGCAUUUGGUUUGCAUCUUUGUCCCCGUCAUACUUGCCGUGCCGGCUAUCUGGAUCGGUCGCAGGUUACCGGAUAAGGAUAACGAGAGGAGCGGUACGCUAUGGUGGUACGGGUUCCUAGUCCAGAGCAUGGAGCUCGCCGGUCCGGCCUUUAUCAAGCUCGGCCAAUGGGCUGCAUCGAGGUCUGACAUAUUCCCAACCGAGAUGUGCGAGACCAUGGCCAGGCUGCACUCACACGCGCCGGCACACUCUAUGCACGCCACCAAGCGCAUCGUACAGGCUGCAUUCGACGGCAGGCCUUUCGACGAGAUAUUUGACGAGUUUGACGAGAAGCCACUGGGUGUCGGGGCUAUCGCGCAGGUUUACCGUGCCAAGCUCAAGCCAGAUCUUGCUGCGCCCGGCGAUGUGGAUCUGGUCGGCCAUGAACAAACGGCCGGACGCAAGGUGAGAAAGAACGUCGAGACGGUGUUCAAGAGCACGCCGAAGCGCGUACCAUCAUCUUAUGUGGCGAUCAAAGUGCUGCACCCGGGUGUGGAACGAACGGUUCGGCGUGACCUGCGCAUUAUGGGGUUCUUUGCCAGAGUUCUCAACGCCAUUCCCACUAUCCACUGGCUAUCGCUACCCGACGAGGUGGACCAAUUUGGCGAGAUGAUGCGACUGCAGCUGGAUUUGCGCAUUGAGGCUGCCAACCUGAGCCUGUUCAGAAAGCACUUCCGCGACCGCUCGACCGCCUGGUUCCCCUUCCCCUAUGCCGAGUUUACAACUCGGAACGUCUUGGUGGAGGAGUUUGCGCAAGGAAUUCCUCUUGCCGACUUUUUGGAGAAUGGUGGCGGCGUUUUCCAGCACGACAUCGCAGCCGAAGGUCUCGACGCAUUCCUACGCAUGCUGCUCCUCGACAACUUUGUGCAUGCCGACCUGCACCCAGGAAACAUUAUGGUGCGCUUUUACCAGGCUGCGCAGCCCGACCUGCCGCAAAUGUCGCUCAAGCGCCGAACACAGAAUGAGGGGCCGCCAAAUCAACCACCACAAAAUUCAGAGUCACAAGUAGAUGUGACUGAGCAGGUUCUCUCCCGGCUGCGGCCACAUAAAGGCCGCGAGAACAAAGCGGCGUGGGAGGACGAGCUGCGCAAAAUCGACGAAGAAGGCUUCCGACCGCAGCUCAUCUUCAUCGACACAGGUCUGGUAACCGAACUGAACGCGAAAAACCGGCGGAACUUCCUGGACCUCUUCCGAGCCGUUGCCGAGUUUGAUGGGUACCGGGCUGGCGUGCUCAUGUGCGAACGGUGUCGGCAGCCGGACGCUGUGCUGGACAAGGAGGUCUUUGCGCUCAAGAUGCAAAAGCUGGUGCUCGACGUCAAGUCGUCAACUUUGGCGCUGGGCAACGUCAAGAUAGGCGACAUUCUACAGAGCGUCUUGUCGAUGGUCCGUACGCAUCAUGUCCGCGUCGAGGGCGAUUUUGUCAACGUCGUAAUCAGCAUCCUACUGCUAGAGGGCAUCGGCAGGAGUCUCAACCCAGACUUGGACCUGCUGAGCAGCUCGCUGCCAAUCCUGCGCGAGCUCAGCGCACAAAGCGGCGGGCAGAUGCUCAAGCAGGGUGACCUGAGCAUGAUCAAGUUUUGGUUCGGGUUGGAGGCGAGGAGGUUCCUGCAGGCGAGUAUUGAAGAUGUCGAGCGUUGCGUGAAGUACGAUCUCCUCUCACCCAAUGUGUAAUCCAAGAAGCAAUUUUGGGAGGACCAAUGUAUAAUGUUUAUCGGGGCUGGAUGGGCGAGUGGCGUUCCAACGGUUAUUUCAGGGGUAAAGCAUCAGGUACCACAUUUUGCAUUACUUUUGAUGAUGGGUUCCUACGGAGUAAGGCCUCGCUCGGCAGAUGGCUCAACUGCAGAGUUUGUGUACAAUAUACUACUAAGCAUUUAGAAUAACCAAGAAACCGACAUUAAGG